CACGUUCUCCGCCGCCGGGAGUCGCCAGGACUCGGCCGCUGGCGCCGCCGCCAUCUUGCGUGUCGGGGGCGCGCGCGCGCGCGAGGAGUGUCCUGCCCGGCCAGCGGCCUGCCGCGGCCCAGGGCUUGUGGACACGGCUGGUGGCAGUGCUGUGUGUUGAGUGCCCACCGAAGAGCCUGGCCUGUUCCGAAGCACUGACCCGCUGCAGGAGGAAAUGGAGUAUGAACGGAGAGGUGGCCGUGGGGACCGGACGGGCCGAUAUGGCGCUGCUGACCGGUCCCAGGACGACAGCGUGGACGGGCGGACCCAGCGAGACCACGACUAUCGGGACAUGGAUUACCGCUCGUACCCCCGUGACUUCAGCAGCCACGAGGCCGCUAACGAGUAUGACUCAUCCGAGGAGCAGAGCGCCGAGGAUUCCUACGAGGCCUCUUCAGGGUCGGAGACUCAGCGCAAGCGGGACAGCCCCACCGAGCCCCUGGGCUACCCCGGCGACGGGGACUACCGCGACCAGGACUACCGGCCCGAGCCAGAGGAGGAGCAGAAGGCCAGCAGCAUCGUCAUGCUGAGGAUGCUGCCCCAGUCCGCCUCCGAGAACGAUAUUCGGGCCCAGCUGCAGGCGCAUGGGAUCCAGCCCCGCGAGGUGCGGCUGAUGCGGAACAAAGCCUCAGGUCAGAGCCGCGGCUUCGCCUUCGUCGAGUUUAAUCACUUGCAGGACGCUACCCGAUGGAUGGAAGCCAAUCAGCACUCCCUCAGCAUCCUGGGCCAGAAAGUCUCCAUGCACUACAGCGACCCCAAGCCCAAGAUCAAUGAGGACUGGCUCUGCAGCAAGUGUGGAGUGCAGAAUUUCAAACGAAGGGAGAAAUGCUUUAAAUGUGGCGUACCCAAAUCAGAGGCUGAGCAGAAGCUGCCCCCAGGGAGCCGGCUAGACCAGCUGGUGGCGCUGUCGGGCCGGGAGCUGAGUCAGGGCCUGCUGCCCCUGCCGCAGCCCUACCAGGCCUCGGUGCUGUCAGCAACGCAGCCCCUGGCCCAGGCGUCAGAGCCCUGCGCUGAGAACGCCAACGACACCAUCAUCCUGCGGAACCUGAACCCGCACAGCACCCUGGAGUCGAUCCUGGCGGCCCUGGCGCCCUACGCGGUGCUCUCCGCCUCCAACGUCCGCGUCAUCAAAGACAAGCAGACCCAGCUCAACCGCGGCUUCGCCUUCAUCCAGCUGGCCACCAUCGUGGAGGCGGCCCAGCUGCUGCAGAUCCUGCAGGCCCUCCACCCCCCGCUGCACAUUGACGGCAAGACCAUCAACGUGGAAUUUGCCAAGGGCUCCAAGCGGGACAUGGGCUCCUCCGACAGUAACCGAAUCAGCGCCGCCUCUGUUGCCAGCACUGCGAUUGCUGCGGCCCAGUGGGCCAUCUCCCAGGCAUCACAGGGAAGUGAGGGGGCCUGGGCAGCCUCGGAGGAGCAGCCGGCUGACUACGCCUACUACCAGCAGGAGGAGGCCUACGGCGCGGAGCCGGCCCUCUACUCCCACACCUACCUGAAGGGCUCCCCGGCCCAGCCCGGCGCCAACGGGGAGGCUGCAGCCACUGGGGUGGAGCCGACCCUAGAGCCUGGUGUGCCGGGUGUCGACCCAGUGCCCGUCCUGCAGAGCUUCCCCCACGCCGCCCAGACCACCGCCGUGCCCGUCGUGUACCAGCCGCCCGGCGGGGCCGAGACCACAGGCACCACAGUGGGGACUGCUGCCACCGCCCAGAGCCAGCCCUACACCAUCGUGUCCCCGGCCGUGCUGAAGCCGGAGACGCCGAGCCCAGCCCAGCCGAGCAGCACCGCUCUCCCCGUGCCCAGCACCGGCCUGCCCCUGCCCACCCCCGCGCCGCAGGAGCCCUACGGCCAGUACCCCGUCCCAGACGUAUCCACCUACCAGUAUGACGAAACCUCCGGCUAUUACUACGACCCGCUGACCGGUCUCUAUUACGACCCCAACUCCCAGUACUACUACAAUGCACAGAGCCAGCAGUACCUGUACUGGGAUGGCGAGCGCAGGACCUACGUGCCGGCCUCUGACCAGGGUGCCGACGCCCACAAGGAGGGCUCUGGGGGCAGCGGCAAGGAGGGCAAGGAGAAGAAGGAGAAACACAAGACUAAAACAGCUCAGCAGAUCGCCAAGGACAUGGAGCGCUGGGCCCGCAGCCUCAACAAACAGAAGGAGAACUUCAAGAACAGCUUCCAGCCGAUCAGCUCGCUGCGGGAGGACGAGCGGCGCGAGUCGGCCACGGCCGACGCCGGCUACGCCAUCCUGGAGAAGAAGGGGGCGCUGGCAGAGAGGCAGCACACGCCCAUGGAUCUGUCCAAGCUGGCCAGCGACGAUAGGCUGAGCCCGCCGCGGGGGCUGGUGGCCGCGUACAGCGGGGAGAGCGACAGCGAGGAGGAGCCGGAGCGGGCGUCUGACCGGGAGGAGAAGCUCACGGACUGGCACAAACUGGCCUGUCUGCUCUGCCGCCGGCAGUUCCCCAGCAAGGAGGCGCUGAUCCGCCACCAGCAGCUCUCUGGGCUGCACAAGCAAAACCUGGAGAUUCACCGCCGCGCCCACCUGUCGGAGCAGGAGCUGGAGGCGUUGGAGAAGAACGACAUGGAGAUGAAGUACCGGGACCGCGCGGCUGAGCGCAGGGAGAAGUACGGCGUCCCUGAGCCCCCGGAGCCCAAGAAGAGGAAGUACUCCGCUGUGAUGCCUGCCACUGUAGACUUUGAGCAGCCGACGCGGGACGGGCUGGGCAGCGAUAACAUUGGGAGCCGCAUGCUGCAGGCCAUGGGCUGGAAGGAGGGCAGUGGCCUGGGCCGCAAGAAGCAAGGCAUCGUGACCCCCAUCGAGGCGCAGACCCGAGUGCGCGGCUCUGGCCUGGGUGCCCGCGGCAGCUCCUACGGGGUCUCGGCCGCCGAGUCGUACCGCGAGACGCUGCACAAGACCAUGCUGACCCGCUUCAACGAGGCUGAGUGAGGCCCCACCCCCGGAGACUCCCCCUGCAGGGGGACUAUGAACUUUUUUUUUUAAUUAAAGGAGAAAAAUGAC